AUGGCCUGGUUCAAGAAUCUCGCACUCUUCUUUUUCGCCGUCACGCCAUACGUCACAGCCCGCCCUUUGAAAACCGCCAGAGGAUGCUCGGCUCUGGACGUGGAAGCCCUUGAGCCUGAGGCAAAGUACAUUGUGACUCUCCACAGCAACAUUUCGCCCUCCGAGUUCCAGUCACACAUCGCCAAAAUCAAUGUCACCUAUCAUCGCAACUCUCUGAACGAUGAGCAGAACAGGCCCUCUGGUGUCGAGAGGACAUAUGCCAUUGGUGGCUACCGGGCAUAUUCCGGAGUCUUCGAUAAAGACACCAUCGCCGUGCUCUGGAACGAUACAGAUGUGAGUAUGGCCACUCGUGCCGAUGAAUCUGUCUAUUCUAACCCAAAUGGAUGUCUUCAGGUAGAAGAAAUCGAGCGGGACGAGUACUUUACUGUCCAGCGGAAGCUUGUGACGCAGCGUCAUGCUCCCUGGGGCCUUGCGGCUUUGUCUAGCAAGAAGCCCGGUGCCAAGUCGUACCGCUACGACAAGAGCGCGGGCAAUGGCACGUUUGCGUACGUGGUUGAUUCUGGCAUCUUCACCAAGCACGAGGAAUUCGGUGGGCGAGCAACGGUUGGGUACAGCGUAGAUCCCGGUGUAUUGUCGGACAAUAGCGGACAUGGAACUCAUGUUUCUGGAAUCAUCGCGGGCAAGACCUUUGGUGUGGUCAAGCAGGCGGAACUCAUCGGCGUCAAGGUGUUAUUGGAUGACAGCGGCUACAUUUCGGACGUACUUGAUGGUUUCCAAUGGGCGGUCCAAGACAUUGUCCUCAAGAACCGCCAAAGCCGUUCGGUCAUCAACCUGUCUGUUGGAGGUCCCCAUUCUUUCGCCAUGAAUCAGGCCGUCGAUGCGGCCUUUGAUUUGGGAGUCCUCAGCGUCGUCGCAGCUGGAAACGAAGCAAGCCCAGCCCGAUUCACGUCGCCUGCAUCAGCACGAAGCGCCUUGACUGUGGGUGCCAUCGACAUCGAGUGGAAUUCGUGCGACUUUUCCAAUUUCGGCCCCGAAGUCAACAUCCAAGCCCCUGGUUUGGACGUAGAGUCAGCCUUCAUUGCCACAGUCAACGCAACCGCCACUUUGAGUGGCACUUCAAUGGCGGCUCCCCAUGUUGCUGGACUUGCCUUGUAUCUGGCUGCCUUGGAAAAGACGGUAGACGCAAAGCAGCUGAGAGACAGGAUCCUGGAACUGGCCCGCGGUGGCCAAGUGAAGGACCUGGCGAGCGAAACUCCCAACUUGAUUGCUCACAACGUCGUACUUUUUGAGAUUUGGCUGAGGAGUAACAGAGACUGCUUCGACAGGAAAAAUCAAUGGAUUCAGAAGGAAAAGCCAUGGAAAUUCGGCGUCGCCGUCGCUGGCACAGUCGCCGUAGUCGAAGCAGGUCCAACCGUUCCUCAACGACACCAUCCCGAGCCAGAUCUAGAGCGCGGAUACAACAUUGUCGACUGGCACAUCUACAGUCGGCUCACAACCGUGUGGAAGGCCGAGUCGCGGUCGUGGUCGGAGGGCGAGCGUCGAGACUUUGUCGGGUGGGUUUCCAGGGCACGCGUGACGGAAAGAGAAAACUCGAUGGCGGACCAUCCGCUGGCGGAGCACAUGCGGUGCAACGCGCCGAGCUGGGGGCAUUUCGUCAUCUUGAGGGUCAUGUUUGGGGCGUCGCAGUGCGCGAGGCAGAGCUGGUGGGGGGAGUUCAAGGGGAGGUAUGGGCGGGCUGGGGAGGAUGCGGCGCCGGGGGUUGUGCCGGGGGACGUGGACGAGGUUUUGAGGACGAAUCGGAUGAGGGCGCCUGCUAUGAUGAAGAUUCCGACGAUGGAGGUUGGGGGUUAUGUGGAGGGGGAUUGUGGGUGUUUGUGGUGUGUGAAGAAGGCGGCGGACAAGGCGAGUCGGGGGAGGACGUCGUCUUCGAGGACGGCGAGGAGGGAGGAGGGGGAGGGGGGGAAGUGUCCGAGGGGGGAGAGUAUAUUUACGGGGGAGGGGGAGACGUGGGAGGAUCGAGAGCGGAGAUGUGAGCGGGAGCAAGGGGUUGAGCCGGAAGAAGCACAGGAUGGUGAUGAGGAUGAUGAGGGUGAUGAUGGUGGUGAUGAUGGUGAGAGCGAGGAAAAGGAUGAGGUUACUGAGGUUGUUACGCAGGCGACUUCUUUCAGGGAGAGAGGGACUCUUGAGUGUACGGAUAGGGCGGAGAGGAGUUUGAUGGAGGUUGUGGUUGAGCAGGGGAGCAUGAUUGAGACGCUGGUGAGGUUGGUGGAAAGGCAGCAUAAGAGGAUGGGGAGGUUGGAGAGGAGGGUGGAUAGGGGGCAGAGGAGGAGCGAGGGUAAUGUUUAA